UCACUCGAGAAAUAAAAUCAAGUGGAUUUUUUUUCCAUUCCUCAUUUUAUUUAUUUUUUUGAAAUUUCUAUCCAGACCUUAUAGGGGACUCAGUAUUCCGUCCCCUCGCUGGAAAUCCUAUGUUCUGAUCAACAGACAUUUCCGUCCACACAAGAAGACAUACCUCAUGGAUUUGUACCUUGUUGGAUAUCUACAUCUUCUGUGCGUGUGGUUGUCCAGCUCUCGGGUGCUCGGAGGCUAUCCCAUCUGGUGGUCCCUUGCCCUGGGGCAGCAGUACUCGUCUCUGGGCUCCCAGCCCAUCCUGUGUGGCUCCAUCCCUGGUCUAGUGCCCAAACAGCUGCGCUUCUGCCGCAACUACAUUGAGAUCAUGCCCAGUGUUGCCGAAGGGGUCAAACUGGGCAUCCAGGAAUGCCAGCACCAGUUUCGAGGUCGCAGAUGGAACUGCACAACCAUAAAGGACAACCUAGCCAUCUUUGGGCCUGUGCUAGACAAAGCCACUAGAGAGUCUGCAUUUGUUCAUGCGAUUGCCUCAGCUGGUGUGGCAUUUGCAGUGACACGGUCUUGUGCAGAAGGAACCUCCACCAUGUGCGGCUGUGACUCACACCACAAAGGGCCACCAGGUGAGGGCUGGAAAUGGGGUGGCUGUAGCGAGGAUGCCGAAUUUGGAGUGCUUGUAUCCCGUGAGUUUGCAGAUGCCAGAGAAAACCGUCCAGAUGCUCGUUCCGCCAUGAACCGGCACAACAACGAAGCUGGUCGAAUGACCAUCCUGGAGAACAUGCACCUGCGCUGUAAGUGCCAUGGCCUGUCCGGAAGCUGCGAGGUGAAGACAUGCUGGUGGGCACAGCCCGACUUCCGUUUGCUGGGCGACUAUCUGAAGGACAAGUAUGACAGCGCAUCGGAGAUGGUGGUGGAAAAACACCGGGAGUCCCGGGGCUGGGUGGAGACACUCCGAGCCAGGUACGCCUUCUUCAAGCACCCCACUGAGAGAGACCUGGUCUACUAUGAGGGCUCACCCAACUUCUGUGAGCCGAACCCGGAAACGGGCUCAUUCGGCACACGUGACCGAACCUGCAACGUGUCGUCUCACGGCAUCGAAGGCUGCGAUCUCCUCUGCUGCGGCCGUGGCCACAACACGCGGACUGAAAAGCGCAAAGAAAAGUGUCACUGUAUCUUCCACUGGUGCUGCUACGUCAGCUGCCAGGAGUGCGUACGAGUCUACGACGUACACACGUGCAAAUAAGGAGCGUGAAAAGUGCAGGGGUGGCAAGGAAAGAUCAGAAGACUGAAAGAGAUAGGACUAAGUAGCCUAUGCGUGUAUACACAAACACACACAAACACACAUACACAUACAAACACACACUUACUCACAAGAUUGUAUUGAAUACAAAACAUACACUAUGGGUAGUGGCACUUCAGUACCAUGAACUUUUAAUAUUCUUUAAUAACAAUCGAGCCUGUUUUCUGGGAGAAUUAGCUACCAUGUGAUUACCACCAUCAUUCCUGAUGCAUUCCUUUUUUUUUUUCUAAAUAUUUUAU